CACGCGCCAAUACAAACGGAGUGAGCUUUGCGGUGAGAGCAGUUGGAAAUUCACCACGCGCGUGAGGGGUUGCUUGUCAGGCAGAUGCGUAUCGCAUACCACCCCCUGGAGCGCUUGCUGUGAUGGGAUGCGAGAGAGUGCGCCCGCAGCAGCCAUCUUGGAUUUUCACGCGCGGUACGCUCACCGAAGAGAGCCGGUGGUGGAGCUUUUGCUCACUCUCGUGCGAGUUUGAGGAAAUUGCUUCACAUUAAAAAGUGGUGAAUGGGUGGUGGGAUGCUUCCGAUCAGGCCAGGCUGGUAAUGCACGAACCAUAGGGAGUUCUUUUUGCAUUCUGGGGAGCUGGAGUAGCGAUUUUUUCCCGACAGUUUAGAUUCGUUGCAGAGUAGGAAGAGUAGCUAGACGUAGAUACAGCUAUAAGGCAGCAGCUGCUACAAACACGGAGAAGAGAAGAGAUCAGUUUUGGCGAAGAGAUCCUGAAGGAUUCCAGUACAGGCGACGGUCGCUGCAGCAGUACGGAGUGAGAUGAGCACGAGAUAGUUUCGAUUUUAGUGGGUGACAUCGUUUUCACUGAGAUCAGUUGCAUAGUGUUUGAAUGGGAAAAUGGUAGUUUUGGUCUGUUGCUGGAUGUGAACUGCAUUCUUUUCCCAGUGUCUGAUGAUAACGGGGACAGUUUUGUGCAGUUAUUCAAGAAGAAAAUCCACAAUCAAAUUAGUCAAACUACCAAAAACAAUCAGGAAAAUGUAAACUUGCCAGAGCUAAAAUCUGUGUGUGAUCGUGUGUGCGCGUGUUCAGUGUUUAGAAUCGGUGAAAAAUGAACCCAACCUGGGCAGAACCGUUCCAAACGCGAAAAUGCCCCCAUUCAAGUGUGCCGACCCUUGACCGCUGCCGCCGUCAAUGAGUCUUGUCUGUGCGAACGGAAACGAAUCGGUGGUGCGCAAGGGGUGGUGUAGCAGGUGUGGCCAUUACCGGCGGACAAUCGCAACCCUUUUGCGAACGAAACGACGCAAUUCAGCAGCAGCAGCGGUAGAACAACGGAGGGUGGCAGACGGCUCCUCAUCAUAGCAGCACCAGCAGCACAGUGGCCAACAUUGUCGACGGUGUCAGCAUCAGUACUUGCCACCUGCACCACCACAAUCGGCACCGGCGGCGGCAGCGGCAGCGGCACCGACGCCAGUGGUUUCCCGCGCCCGACGUAGACUAAUGCAGUGGAGGAAGUUUGCACGGCUGAAAACGACUGCUACGACUGCUGGACAUUCGCGUACGCGAAGGAUGCUUUGCUGUGGCCGCAGAAAGGAAAAUGGAAGAUCAGUGCCUGACCUCACCGCAAGCCCGGGCCGUGCGCCGCCCGGUCCGAUGCCGUCGCACCAACAGCAGCAACAGCCCGGCGUCCAGGGGGGCAUCAUGCAGCAACGCAACCAGUACGGCCAACUGCAGCAGGGUGGCGGAGAAGGGCGCGGAAUGGGCGGACCCGGGCCCGGCGGAGGCGGCGGCAGCGGGUCCAACAAGGAACCAGUAUUACUACAGGGCGACUUCCGGAAGGUGUCCGGCAUCAGUUCGGAGAUCUUCCGCCAGAUCGAAGCGGUGGAGAACGAUCACGACCCCAGCACGGCGGCGGCACUGGAGGCUGUGGAAAGACGUGGUGAAAUGAUAGUGCGAAUCCUGGAACCCCGCUGCAUGGGCAGUCGGCAGGCCGUCGAAGCCGGGCAGAAGUUUCUCAACAAAGCCGACGCUCGGCACACGGUUCAGCUGGUGGAAAUCGUCAAACGGCCUGGCCAAACCCUGGGGUUGUACAUUCGCGAGGGUAACGGAGCGGACCGAUCCGACGGUGUGUUCAUCUCCCGGAUAGCCCUGGAGUCGGCCGUCUACAACAGUGGUUGCCUGAGGGUAGGAGACGAAAUUCUGGCCGUCAAUCUGGUGGACGUCACAAGGAUGUCACUGGACGAUGUGGUCAUCAUUAUGUCGAUACCGAGGCGUCUGGUAUUGGCUAUCCGGCAACGACGUGGUUCCCGUGGAGCCAAUUCUCCGGGACCACCUCAAAUGUCCCGUCCGGAGCAGAAACCCCCGCCAGUGGUCGUCAUCAAGCGAGACUUGAGGGAUGACGACCUGGACGAUUCGGACCGGGCGCCGCGUUCAUCAAGGUCUACCCGAGUACGCCGAAUGGGUGAUGGCCGGGAGAUGACCCAGUCACACUCCCGGAUGGGACUUGGCAUCAACAGCUACAGUCCUCAAAGCGAGCAGCUCGAUUUGUACUACGGUCCUCGACAGGGCCAAUCAGUGGAAACACCCAGCUGGGGCUACAAACCACCGCCACCGCCGUCUGUCAUCACCGAACAACCGAAGGGAACGCACGGCUUCCAGACUUCGCACUCAUACUAUCAGAACGCCGGCACGCUGGAAAGUCUCGCCGAAAAGGUACACUCAUUCUACCCCAGCGCCAACCGACGGAUGUCGGCCGGAACCGGCGUCACCAUGUCGCAAUCCCACCAACGGUUUCCACGGAGCGGUUCCGAUCAACACCUGCCACGAGUCGAAUACGCCGACUACCAAUCGCUCGGGAGACACGCACUGUUACGGUCUAGCCUAAAGUCCGACCUCGUCCAGGCAGCUCCCAUCGCCGGCGGUACUCUUGACCGCUACGGACGCUACGAACAUCCACCGUCAUCACGCACACCGAAAUACGGUCCAUCACCGUUGGGCGCCACUGGAUCUCUCCAGAGGCGCUCGCGUCCAGCGUUGGACUACUCAAGCGAUACGGAAGCUACCAUUGGUCCACGGCCUAGCUAUUACUACUACAACCACCCGGCAAUGGCGAACACGAUAGCUCGCGGCAGUACGCAAGCCCUCGGAGGUGGCCCAGAGUUCGCCAAGUUCAAUUCGCUCCCGCGGGAUCGACCAGGAUCCCGCAUGGGACUCCGAAGUCGCAUAGGUGAACGCCUGCAGGACGAAAACGAUGGAAACCUAUCAGCUCCCGAGUACUCACUGCCCAUCCGGAGGGAUCCCCGAGAUCUACGUCAGCGUCUAACCGCCAGUCCAUCGAUCUUCACCUCGGAUGAAUACCGAGCUUGGCUGCGACGGGCACCAAGCAGUUCUGCCAUCUGUGAACAGAUGCGAGCCUCGCGCGACAUCCUAAAUCAACAGCGAGCACACCGGUUCUCCUGUUCCGCUGAAAACAUCCACGACGUGCUGAAGAACACCGAAAAUAUCUACAGCAGCCGGACGGCGCUCACAGGCGGCACUCUGGAUCGGCACAGUCUAACCGCAGCCGGAGGUCCUCGCAUGUCAUCACUGCCGGUACGGUCUAUGUCUUCGCAGCACAUCGGACCGUCAUCGAUCCGUUCGCCGAGCGUCCGGCGGAUGCGACAACUACUGGAGUUGACCCAGGCCGGUCCGGGCGGUGUGCCGGGAUCAGCCUUGGCAGCCCUAACCGGCCAUCAAAGCCCGGCACCGACACCAAGCACAACACUGCCCCGCACCCACCGUCAGAUCGACAUCAACCCGGCCGAGUACACCAAAUACAAGCUGGAUAAACCAGUGGUCGACGCCAUCGGCAUGUCCGGUAUGCUGUGGAUCCAUCUGCUUGCCGGCCGCGGACUACGGGCCAUGUCCGAAACGUCCCAGGCCCAGCAGCCGAUGAUCAGGGACUUGUACUGCGUACUGGAGUGCGACCGUAUCCAUAAGGCGCGUACCGUGGUGCGAUCGGGCGAUCUACAGUUCGACUGGGACGAAUCCUUCGAGCUGGAUCUGGUGUGCAACAAACAGUUGGAUGUUCUGGUAUACUCGUGGGAUCCGCAACAUCGGCACAAGCUAUGCUACCGGGGUGCACUGUCGCUCACUACUCUACUACGGCAGUCACCAAUCCAUCAGCUUGCGCUCAAGGUUGAACCCCGCGGUACCAUCUAUCUGCGCUUGCGGCACACGGAUCCUUUCCAGCUGUACCGGCGUCGUGGACUGCCCAGCCUGCGGGGUAACGUGCCGGCGCUGUUCGGAGCGGACCUGGAAACGGUAGUGACACGCGAAUCCAAGGGUGCUCCCGGAAGCGCUCCAGUUCCUAUCAUUCUGCGCCGGUGCGUCGAGGAAGUCGAGCGGCGCGGAUUGGACAUCAUCGGCCUGUACCGGUUGUGUGGAUCGGCGACCAAGAAACGAUUGCUCAGGGAAGCGUUCGAGCGUAAUAGCCGAGCGGUUGAGCUCACGCCAGAACACGUACCGGACAUCAACGUCAUCACCGGCGUUCUCAAGGACUAUCUCCGAGAACUUCCCGAGCCGCUGUUUACCAAGUGUCUGUUCCAAAUGACGGUCGAUGCGCUAGGUAGUGUCUGCCUGCCAGAUGAUCCGGAAGGUAAUGCCAAGCUAAUGCUCAGUAUUUUGGACUGUUUGCCAAGGGCAAACCGGGCAACGCUGGUCUUCUUGUUGGAUCAUCUGUCGCUGGUGGUGUCCGCAUCGGAGCGGAACAAGAUGUCCGCCCAGGCUCUGGCCACGGUUAUGGGCCCACCGUUGAUGCUGCACUCGUCCAGUGCCGGCCCGAACGAAGAGAUCGAUCACGCACAACCGAUCGCAGUGCUCAAGUAUCUGCUGCAGAUCUGGCCGCAGCCACAGCACGGCCACGUCACUGGUACUUCAGGUCGGCGCGGCGAGCCAGUAGAGCCGCGUGGAAACAAAGCCAGUGCGUUGCCAGCGGGCAAAUCUCCGGCGCCACACCCAUCCCUCCCAUCAUCGUUGGGGGCGGCACCCCUCAGCCUCAGCAGCAGCAGUCUCAGCCUCAGCUCCAACACCAGCCACCGAUCUCAGCUCCAGCAUCCGUCAUCGGCGGCAGCAGCGUCGGCGGCGGCGGCAUCAUCCUCCCUGUCGGCGGCAUCGGGGACAGCGGCGGCAUCGGCGUCGGCAUUAGCAGCGGAUGCUAUCUCCCGUUCAGUAGCCAACAGUCCAUCAACAACCUCCUUACAACGCGGUCCGCAUCCGCUCUCAGCCACUCCCAGCAGUCUACCGUAUCAAUCAGUAGUGGCUCAGUUAGCUCAAUCCCAUCGAGCCUCGCCACAAGCGGGCCCACAGCCCCAUCUAUUGGAGGGCUCAGCGGCCUCGGCGGAGCACGGCCAAUCGCCACGUCACGUCACACCCUCCCCAAGCUCUAGUUCCACCUCGUCGGCGUCCGGAUCCGGUUCCGGUACUGAUACCAUCAAACGUGGCGCAUCACCCGCUUCGGUUAAGUUCAAAGAAUCCGGCAGUAGCUAUUCCCUCAAGUCCGACACGAGCCGCAUUCUCAGCAGUAGCGGUAGCCUGUCGAAGAAGUACACUCCCAACGGCAAUGGUGGCGGCGGCGGCGGCAGCGGUGUCGAGCACAUCAUGGCCAACGGUUCCUCUCCGUACGAGCAUCAUCCGCCGUCGUCGAUGACGUCUUCUUCGCUUCUUGGCAACGGCAAUGGAGCUAUUCGCAAGCAGCAGCAGCAGCAGCAUCAGCGUGACGGCAAUGGCAGCACCAGCAGCACUAUCAACAAUGGACCAAAUAUCUCCUCAUCAUCAGAUUUACAACUUCCAUCCAGAAGUGUUCUUUUCUCAUCGGAUUACCUAUCAUCCUCAUCGACCUCCUCGGCAGCGGUAACGGCAACAGCAACGACGGUAACGAAACCAAUGGCGCCCCUCUCGACGCUUGACGUGGCCACGUUCAGCCUGGACGAGAAGAACAACUUGGUGGUGUCUCCAUCGCCUUCAUCGGCUUCGGAGUCCUCGCAUCACUCGUCGAACUCUUCGCUACGGGAACGAUCGCCACAGCCUUCGCCUUCACUGAAGCGCCAGGAGCCUGUCGAUCGAACCGAUAGCGUUAGCAGCUCCAGCGCAGGCGGUUCAGGGUUGUUCUCCUCGUUACGCAGUCAAACUCUCGGCAGUUACCAGUUCCCGUCGAGUACGCUGAAGUUGUCGAGUCAGCUGAGCGCCGAUUCGGCAGGUUCUUCGGCAGACGACGGCAGCACUUCGUCGUUGCUUCGCAAACUCACCACUUCGUUGUCGAGGUCCAUCACCAGUAAUACAGGCACAUUACCAUUAUCGUUAGGUAGACAAGGCGCUAGUAGUGCACUAUAUCAGCAAGACACGAGCUAUUCGGGCGGCAGUAGUAGUGGUAAGUCAACGAGUGCUUCUCUGAAUUACGCAAGCCCAGCGGGUGGUGGUAGUAGUUUACUGAGCGGUGGCGACGGGAAUGGGGGCAGUGCCGUUACGACGGCAGCGGCCGUCAGUAGUAUGAGCAUCUACGGAACGCUCCCGAAGAAUUCUUCGAUUUAUUCGUAUGGGGGGACGGCAUCUAGCUUACUAACGGGCACGUCUAGCUCGUACGGAAUAAGCGACAGGUUACGGGCCCUGACCGGUAGCGGUAGUGGUAGCGCUGGUGGGGACAGUUCCAGUGGGCUGGGAUCUAGCAUGACAGCGACGACCACUUCGUCAAGCUCCGGCGUGGACAGCGGAGCCGGCUCCAGUGCUGCCGAUCUGGGCGCUAGCGGGUACGACUACGAAUCGUCUGGAUUCUCGUCCACUGGAUUGACGUCGUCCUACGGCGCCACGUCUGCUUCCUCUUCCGUGUCCAUGACUACGUCGGCGGGCUCCGGGCUUUCGUCGUCGUACUUCAGCACCGGAAGCGGUAGCAGUCCUUUCGGUGGAAACGGUGGCGGUGGUGGUGAUACGACUAGCAGUAGCGGUCCUCCGACAUAUCGAGUGCAAUAUUCGUCAACGAACCCCUUCCUACCCAGUUACAAUCCUCCGAGCGAUAAUGGCGGUAGCAGUGGUGGUGGUGCCGGUAACGGUACGGCAAGCGGGCGCAACGGUGGACUACGGUCCUCGGACGAAGACGACUCGUUCGAUAUGAAGUAAGAUGGAAGCAGGGACAUUCAAGUUUGUUGAACUUAGUAAACGAAUUGCCGAGAAUUACAGAGAAAAAGAAGCCGAUAACUACGCAAGUGUAGGCUGUAUAAGCCUUAAAUAAAGUAUGGUCUCAAUUUUUUGCAAUACUUACAGAUGAAUCUUCUUCGACGUUUCGAUUCUUUCUAGAACCUUUUUCAAGGCUCAAUAAGCAAUCAAUAAAAUUUCUUAUCCCAACGUAUCGGCUAGAAACAUGAUAUUUCUCAUUCGAUUUCUUUAAUAUCAACCUAUCAGAAUCUCGGGAAUGUUUUUACUAAGUCUAACAAAAACAGUACGUAAACCAGUUGAACUCAAACAGUAUUAGUCAAAGCUGACCAUGGAUACUUAGAGCCCUCUCCGUGAACUAUGGCAUAGGAUAAUUAUUAAUACCAACCUAACAAUCAAAUCCCUUGUCUGUUUUCGCCCAAACGAUGCAUUUUCCCGACAACAAAACAAUCAAAACGAAGGCAUUUCCUUUCUCGAGUAUUCAACACUACCGUAUUGUUUACACUAAGCUGGGCGCGUGUUUUUACACGCCCACUGACACUCCUUUUCUAGUUACGUUUUAUCGCAAGGUUACAGGUCUACACAUAUAUUACCGAAAAGACAAAACUAUAGGCAAGCAUUACACUAGACAAAACAAAAUACAAAUUUUGCAGAAAAAAAACAAACGUACUUAUGCAUUAUACAGCAGUAUUGUAUACCGGAAGGGGAACGUACCAAAUCGAAUCGAUCGAAAACCAGUUACAAAACAAAACGAAAUUUAGAUGUAGCACUUGCAAUCAUCGGCAACAGGAUCGUUUAGAAAAAGAAAAAGGUUACAUAGUAUUAUACUGAACGUGUGUGCAUUUGAUACGCUUUACUUGUCCUUUCGAGCGAACGAACAAACCAACAAAAGUAAAAUCCAAUUAUCGAUCUCAAAUUGCUUUAAACGAAAACCAUUACCAGCAACGCGCAAUUUCACAAAACUCACUCACACACACACACACGCAGUCACGAUUCUCCGUAUAUGCUCCGCGUUAGAUGUUCGUAGAACAAAAGUGCGCGCAACAGGAAAACAAAAUAAAAAUAACAAAUCGAAAACAAUAAGACGAAAAAGAACAAGACUAACUUUUACAAUUGAUUACAAUUAUUAAGCGAGAAAACAGAAAAAGGGAAAAGCAAAAGAAACAUCUCUCACAAACACAACCACACAGCCGCACGCCAUUGAAGCAUACCAAUGCACAAGUUGAAUCCGAAAAUUUGCUAGAAAAAAUCGCUUUAAAAAUGCCUAGAAAAAAAAAUGAACAAAAACAAAAGGCACACGUCUGUAAAAUAACCGAUAGCCACAACGACAUUAGCAAUCCGAUUUUGAGAAACUGCGAAA